UGUAACUGAUAGGCUAUGUAAAAUAAAGAUAACCCCGAAGUCCUGGUAUGACCCUAAUAAUAAUAAAAAUGCGUCGCCCCUGAAAGAUAAAAACGUACCUUGUGCUUUUAAAAAAAAUUUUCUUCUCAAAAUGUAAACCAAGACAUUAUGUUAGGUAUUUUGCAAUUGUUUUUAUAGCUUAUUGUGUAUUAAUACAUCUUGGCAGGAUGCCGACUGACAGGCACAAGAGUCAGAGAGUAGGCGUGUCGCGGACGGAGCACUGCUGUGUCAGUCACCCAGUCAUCUGGCUGAAGAGGCGGUGACGUGGAGUGGAAGUCGAUUGCAAAAAAAAAAGCUUCAACAGUCUACAGUUCUCUUUAGGAACGUACCGCUGCUAAAGGGGGACACUGAAAUGAGAGCAAACGCCGCAAAUCACAUCGGCUCACUUUUAGAGAAGACGCGCUCCCGCACGCGACUGCAAUGUAGUUGAAGGGGGGGAGGAAAGCUCGUUUGGGGGAGUCUUCGACGAGGUGGAUUUUUCUUUACCCGCAGAAGAGGAAAGGGAGUCGGACUGAGCUUUUGGGUGGAAGAGCGGAUCAUGCUGUCACCGUUUUUAGCUUACUUUGUGGCGGUGCUGCUGCUGUGCCGGGUAGCGUCCUCGCAGUACUCGAGCGACCAGUGCAGUUGGAGGGGAAGCGGGCUGACGCACGAGGCUCACGCGCGGGACGUGGAGCAGGUGUACCUGCGCUGCUCCCAGGGCUCGCUGGAGUGGCUGUACCCCACGGGCGCCAUCAUCGUCAACCUGCGGCCCAACAUGGCCGCCCAGGCCGCCGGGCCGCUCAGCGUCUGCGUCAAGCCCGCGGCGGACUCGCGCGGCGCCAACGUCUACCUGGAGAAGGGCGGCCGGCUCCGGCUGCUGCUGCGCGAGCAGGACCAGGCGCCGGGCCGCCUGCACUGCUUCGGCCUCCAGGAGGGGGCGCUGUUCAUCGAGGCCGUCGCCCGCCGCGACAUCAGCCGCAAGAUCACCGCCUUCCAGUACGAGCUGUUCAGCGGCAGGCAGAGGCCCGAGCUGCACUCCCUGACGGCUCCCUGUCAGCCUUGCAAUGAUGCAGAGGUACUUCUCGCUGUGUGCACCAGUGAUUUUGCUGGGCGUGGCAGUAUCCAGGGGGUGGAGGAGGAGGCGGGGCAGUCGGCGGUUGCCGUAAGGUUGAGCCAGCUGUACAGGCAGAAGAGCAAGGUGUUCAGCUCGGCGGGGGGGGCGGGCCAGCGAUGGGUGGGGCGAGUGAAGACGCCCCUCCAGUGCGGCGUGAGGCCCGGGGAGGGCGAGUUCCUCUUUACCGGGACGGUACAUUUCGGGGAGGCAUGGCUGGGGUGCGCCCCGCGGUACAAGGACUUCCUGAAGCUGUACCAGGAGGCCGUGGCGCAGGGAACCAAUCCCUGUCACAUAGACACAGAAUGAACCGCUAACCGGGCGGCUAACGCUGGAAACGCCAGGUCCCCGCCGUCCGCCUGCCCAAAUCGGGCAGGGGACGGAGAAGGGGCCAGAGCUGUCGGGAUGUGCUCCCUUGUCCCAUGGACAAAACCCUCCCUCCAAAAACCUUGCUGUCUUAACGCUCUGUUUGACAGAGGCCGAAGCUCUUAAAUGUUGCCUAGCAACGCAAUCAGCUGGACUGUUUUUUUUUGUGUUUGAAUUUCUCUCUCUCUCUCUCUCUGAAGCCAACAUCCAUUCCAAUCUGGAAUGUCUUAAGACUACCCUUUUUUUUGGAAGAGGAAUGCUGUCUUUGCCACCGAUAACUACGUUGACAUUGACAACCGUAGCGGUAGCACUCACCCAACCUCCCCCCCCCCCCCCCCCCCCCCCCCCCCACUGUAGCAGCCGCUGGUGUGCGUGUGGAAGAACAUUGUAAAUGAGAAGUUGCCACUGCUUUGUAAAAAGCUUGAUGUACAGUGUGAUGUUGUUUCUUAUGACAGAAAUGGACAGUAUGCAGCUAAUACUGCUGUUUUGUUUUCAUGUUUUAUUUUGUUGUUAUUGGUGUUGUUGUUUUUUUGUUUGUUUUUUUUUUUUUUAAAGUGCAAUUGCAGUCUGUGAUUUUUCUUCAGGAGAAGAAUUGUGAAGAGAUAAAAGUUGUGUUUUUCCAGAGAAUAAAGACAUCUUCCUGGAA